AUGAGUUUGCAGUCGGAACAACUUCAAGAUGUUAUAAAUUACUUAUGUCUUGCUGCAACAGCUUCCAUUACUGGCGUUGUCAUAUCGAUCGGAUGUACUGCUGGACAUCGGGAAAUGAUAAGAAAUAGAGGAAAAUCAAAAAAGGCUAAGCGAUCGAAGAAUCGAAGUGAUAACAGAGAAAGAUCAAGUUCGAAAAGUAAGAAGCAGUUAAGAAAAGUGAGCAGUAGAAAGAGUCAAAAAGGAAAACGAGUAAAUGACAAAAGCGAAAGAGAGGUCUCGAAGAAGGAAGGAUCCAGAAGAGACAGUUCCAAGGACAAAAAACAAGAUUCCAGUGAUCGAAAAGAAGAUGAAUCUCCUCUGAAUAAAAAGGAAUCUGAUUCCAGUCAAAAAGAUUUACCUGUCAAGAAAAAAGCAACUUCCAAAAGCGCCGGAAGUACGAGAAGUGAAAAAAGCCGUAGUGAAAAAAGUAACAAGGAAGAAAGAAGGCAAAAAGAACAGUCGAACCAGAAGAGUGCGAGAAGUAGUAAAAGUGAUAAAAAUAGAGGAGCGGAAUCAAAGAAGAAGAAGGUGGAACGUAGUAAGAGAAGCUCAAAGGAAGAUGAUGGAAAGAGGAAGAAGAACAGUUCGAGAAGUGGCCGCGAUGAAAAAUCCCAGAGUUUUACAGUUCCGUUGGAGAAAAAGAAAAGCGCGAAGAGUAACAGAUCUAGUUCGAAGGAUCAAGAUUUGAGAAAGAAGAAAAGUUCACGAGAUACUCACAAGGAGGAAAGAUCCGGAAGUAAAAAAUCUGCUGAAAUUGAGAAAAGUGGUGGUUUGGAUAGAAAGAAAAGUUCUCAAAGCAACAAAUAUGAGAAGGAUUCGAAAAAAGGUUCAAGAACAGGAAAAGAUAAAGAGCCAUUGAAAAAGAGAAAAAGCUUGAAGAGAGUUGACGAAGAACGUUCCAAAAGUAACAAAAAAGAGGCUGAACUGAAGCGCAAAGAGAGCAAGAAAAGCGUAAAAAUUGAAAUUGAUAAGAAGAGUGAUAAGAAAAGUAGCAAAUCUGGAAAGCUUGAGAAGAAGACUAGUAGCAAAGAUGUGAAAGAGAAGGAGGCUGGAAUGAGCAAGAUGAGAGCUGAUGCAUUGAGAAGGAUGGAGACGAAACCGCUAGUUUCACCCAACGUCCAAUCGGAUCGAUUCAAAUGCAGCGAGGACGGGUGUCGCAAAGGACAAUGCUCGAAAGAUGCACUCCACUGUCAGAAAGUUAGAAGAACUUCUUCACAGAGAUCUGUAAACGAAACCAGAGAGAAGCGAGAUGCAUCUGGAAAAAAGAAUGUUAAAGAGGAAAAAUCAAGUAGUCAAAAGAAUAAAAUUGAGAAAUCUGGAAAGUCUGGAAAAUCGGAUAUCCCAGUGAAAUCCAUUUAUAUUGAAACUGGGAAGUCGUCUUAUGGAGAACUCUCGAAACAUUCGAAACCAGCUGACGCGAAAUCUAUGUAUGUUUCUGUUCCGCCGACUGCGGAUAAGAAAAAAUCAAAGAAAUCAAUCAAACAGUCGAGAAUUGAAACUUCAGAAGUUAAGAAAAAGAUCUCACAAGAUUCAGUGAAACCGGUGAAACAUGUGGAUAAGUCGACUAUGAAACUGAGUGAGAAGAAUCAAAGGGUGGAGAAGAAGCAUACAGAGACAGUCAAGAAUUCCGCUAAGUCUACCAAAAAAGUCGAAAAUAAGGAGAACAGGGACUUAAAGGUACCGAAGGAAUCCACGAAGUCAACCAAGAAAGCGGAGAAGGUUGAGAAAUCGGUGAAACCAUCAAAAACUUCAACAGCUACGUCUUCCAAAAACACGACCAAAUCACGUCCUACUUCAAAAUUUCAGUCAAGAAGAGCAAUGGAAAGUUCAAAACGCAAGACAAAGUCGUUUGUUAUUCAAUCCUCCAAAGCUCCAAAAGCAAGUGUAGAAUCUCGGAAAACUGACAAGAAGAAUCGAAAAUAG